AUAUCCACUCUCCUUGGAAAAGAAAUAACGCCAAAGAAAAAAAACGGGCAUCAAUCCAGAAUCUGCAUGCCCAUCUGUGCUCUUUGAGAUUUUCCUGACCAAUGGUUGCUUAUGCUUGGGAAAUCUGUUGUUGCUCCUCGUCGGUGUGUUUGCGCGUCAUGGUUGGGCACAUGUGUAGCUGCUUGCGUGUGGAUGCCAUGCAGUCUGCCUUCGUGCGUGGUGCUGUGUUUAUCCCACUGCAAACGAGGCAAGGCGUCGAGGUUGGGUCUCUGUGAUUGUUCCUCUGGUAGAGGCGGUCCUGAGACUGAAGAGGGUGUCCUGCAUGCACGCAUACAGGAUCCAUGCUGUAGCACUGCUAACAGCGCUUCUUUCGUUUCUAUUCGCAUCCGCAGGUGCCGCUGGUGGGAAAUGGUGCCUUCCCCCUCUUGGAAUCACGGAUCGCACGUGGCUGCCCGUGAAGCGAACGAGGACGAUGCAUUGUAAUCAUACAUAUGGUGAUUGCCGGGGGCGCGUGAUCAUCCAUUCCCAAGCCGGCUUGGGUACUGGGCGACAAUCGGCUGUGCACGUACAAAUUAGUCAAAUGUCGGAAAUGAAGCAGCAACACGUA